AUGCCCCCGUCCCAUCAGCCGUCACCGACGGUCCUCCUCCCCCAGCUCCCUCCGAAGACUCUCGUCGGAAUCGACCUCGUCGCAUUCUCCUCAACCGCGAAUUUCCACGGAAUCCGAGACCUCCCGGGUGGCUGGCACUUUCUAUACACUGGUACAACGGAGAGCUUUUCCCUCCGAUGUGGAGCAUGGUUCUACGUGGGUGAUAUCAGCACCGUCGGGAAAGGCGACAACCAAACCGCGCUCGUAGUCGCACAGGGGCAACAGACCCUUGCUCCGGAGAUCUAUAUUUGGAAAUGGAACACGGACAUAGAGUCACUGUCUUCAUUGACAGGUGACAGCGACUCGGAUCGUCAGGAAGCUAUGCGGUACAAGGCGAAUCUCGGUGCGCUUUGGCAGAGCGGGGGCUUGUUCCGGUAUCGAAGUCGUGUUUCCCCGGCUAUGUUGUCAAAUAAGCCUGGGUCAGCGCCAGCUGAGACACGCCAGGCGGAAGAAGAUGAGGAGACUGAGGAGGAUGGGCGCAGGGAUUGGAGACAGCUUACGGAUCGCUUGUCUCCUGAGAUCUUGUCGCGUAUAAUUGGCGAGCCGGAGGUGGAUGUAGAUGGCCAUCCGCGGUGGAUGGUUACUUCUGCCAGCACGGCCAAUCGUGAUGCAGAUCAUAUUCCGGGUGUUGAUUCGCCGGCUGGGGAAGAAGAGACAAGUCCAAGGAAGACAUUGGAGCAAGAGAAGGAAUUCGACUUUCUUCCGAUAGACUUGAAGCGAACGUGGCGAGAAGGUGCUGUUGGACGUGAGAGGACAGAAGCUGCCCAGGACAAGUCCUGGGCCUUGGGUGAUUUGGUAUUCAAAUACUCCAGCCGUGUAUCUGGGGAGAUCACCAUCGAUGAGCGAACAGGAGAAGCGCAGUUGCUGGGAGAGCUCCAAUUCACAUUCAUCAUGGUCUUGACCAUGAUGAACUUCUCCUGCCUUCAGCAAUGGAAGAGAUUGCUAGAGCUGAUUCUGACAUGUCGGCGGGCAAUUCUGGAAAGAGAAGCGUUUAUGAGCGAGGUGCUUCGCCUGCUGCUACGACAACUUGAAAGAUGCGACGAUGUCGAAGGCGGGCUCUUUGAGAUCGAUGGUGAUGAGGGAGGGCAUUUCCUGCGCAAUCUGCUCACGAAGAUCAAACGCUCUGUUGACGAAGUUAUUCCCAAAGGAACAGAGUCAAUGGUCAAGACAGAACUAGACAAGCUGGAGGCAUGGGUCAAAGAGGAGUAUGAUUGGGAGCUGAGGCGCGAGUCUAUUGUGAGGCGCGGUAUGCUUCAAUUGGAAGAUGGCGAGCAGAUUGAGAUGGAAAUGGAAGAUAAUGAUGCAGAUGAGGAAACGGGAGAGUAUGCUCCCAUGGUGGUUGAUUUGGGAGAGCAUAAUAACGUUUCGGAGGAGGAGCAGGACGAAGAAGACGAGGCUUCCGACCUCGAAGAUAUGAGGUAUUGA